UCCACAGGUGUCGAAAGGGUGUUGCGCACCAAAAGUAUCGAGUGCACUCGCGCUUUCUUCGGUCUGUCCUAUCCAGGCCACGCGCUUUCCCCCCAGCCCGCUUCUCGCGACCCCAGGCGCGCCAUCUCCGGCAGCGACGCUCACAGCCAUGAGACCGGCAUCAGGAGGCAGCGGCGCCGCGGGCCCAGCCGCCCCAGCGGCCGGCGCGGCGCCGGCUGUGUCGGACGUGCCUGGGCGCUGGGUGCCCCAGCACCACCGCGACAUCACGCUCGGCCGGCUUGACGGCUUCCUGGCCGCGGGGCAGUUCGCGGACGUCAACCUGCGCGCGGCCAUGUGGCGCCGCCGCAGCGCCGAUGCGGUCAGCCUGGAGGUGUACAGUCACCCGAAGGAUGUGCCGUACCCGCCAUACGACGUAGCCAUCAAGAUGCCGUACCGCCCCGCGGCGGUGGGGGAGGCGUUCGGGCCGUCCUGGACCACGCACUGGUUCCGGGUGCGGGCGCGCACGCCCGCGGACUGGGAGGGCGAGGGGCCGCUCAUGUUCAGGUGGGACAGCGGCAGCGAGGCGAUGCUGUACCUGGACGGCCCCACGCCGCGCCAGGGCAUCACCGACCAGCGCAACGAGUACCUCCUGGCGCCCGCGGCGGUGGCGGGGCAGGAGCUGGUGUUCUAUGUGGAGAUGGCGGCCAACGGCAUGUUCGGCAACACCACGGACGGCAUCCUGCCGCCCAACGAGGACCGCUACUUCACACUCAAGGCGGCUGAGCUGGCGGUGCCUGACGUGGAGGUGACGGGUCUGUACCACGACCUGCGGGCGCUGACGGGGCUGGCGCGCGAGCUGCCGGCGGGGCACGCCACCGGGGAGGCGGCGCUGUACACCGCCAAUAAGAUCGUCAACACCUACAGGCGCGGCGACCCGCAGUCGGUGGCGGCGUGCCGGGCCCUGGCGGCGUCGGUGCUGGCGGUGCGGGACCCAGGCGACCGCAUGCAGGUCCACGCGGUGGGUCACUGCCACAUCGACACCGCCUGGCUGUGGCCCUUCAGCGAGACGCACCGCAAGACAGCCCGCAGCUGGAGCAGCCAGCUGAGGCUGGCAGAGAGGUACCCCUGGCACGUGUUCACGGCCUCCUCGGCGCAACAGUACGAGUGGCUGCUCCAGGACUACCCGGGUCUGUUCACGGAGAUUCAGGCGGCGGCGGCCCGGGGCAGCUUCGUGCCCGUGGGAGGCACGUGGGUGGAGAUGGACACGAACGUGCCCAGUGGCGAGUCGCUUGUGCGGCAGUUUCUGUUCGGCCAACGCUUCUUCCAGCGCCACUUCGGCGCCCCAUGCGACGUGUUCUGGCUGCCGGACACGUUCGGGUACAGCGGGCAGCUGCCGCAGAUCGCGGCGGGCGCAGGCAUUCGCUACUUCCUGACCCAGAAGCUCAGCUGGAACAACAUCAACGCCUUCCCGCACACCACCUUCUACUGGGCGGGCUUGGACGGCGCAAGCCGCCUGCUGACGCACUUCCCGCCCGCCAACACCUACAACGCCCAGGCCGACGCCAAGGACCUGUUAGCCACCGCCACCGGCUCCAAGGACAAGGACCGCGCGCCGCUGGCCUACAUGCUGUUCGGCAACGGCGACGGCGGCGGCGGCCCCACAGUGGACAUGUGCGAGAGCCUGGCGCGCCUGGGCGGCUGCCGCGGCGUGGCGGGCUCGUUCGACGUGACGGCGCCGGGCGACUUCUUCCGGCGGCUGGAGGGCGCCAGCCAGGACCUGCUGACGUGGCGUGGCGAGCUGUACUUUGAGCUGCACCGCGGCACCUACACCACCCACGCCGCCAACAAGAACGACAACCGCACCUGUGAGCUGCUGCUGCGAGAGGCGGAGGCGGCGGGUGCGCUGGCGGAAGCGAUGCUGGGCGAUGUUGGCGGCUACUGCUACCCCCGGGCCGAGCUGGAGUCCAUCUGGAAGGACGUACUGCUGUACCAGUUCCACGACGUACUGCCCGGCAGCUCCAUCGGCCGCGUGUACGACGUCACAAAGACGCGGUACCCGCAGAUGAAGAUGCAGCUGCGCAAGAUCCGAGACGCCGCGCUGGGUGCGCUCAUUGCCGCCGCCGCCGCGCCGCAAAGCGCCGCGGCCGCCGCCGCCAACUCGGCUGCUGUUGCUGCCGCUGUUGGCACUGGCAGCCACCUCAUUUCUCUGGAGGAGGUGGUGGGAGCGCGCCCACUUCUGCAGCCCCCCGCGGCCGCGGCCGCGGCCGCCGCGGAUGCUGCUGGCGCCGGCGAGCCGGUGGCGUGGGUGUUCAACAGUCUGGCGGUCCCGCGCACCGAGCUGGUCAGCCUGCCGGUCGCCAGCUUGCCGCCGGACCUGAGGCAGAGGCUGGCGGAGGGCGCCUGGCGGCCCGCGGUGCUGGGGCAGGGCCCGCAGGAGGGCGCGGCGGCAGGCGCGGCCCUGGAGGUGCCGGCGGCCAGCGGCCCGGGCGGCGCGGCGCAGGUGGUGCUGGCGGUGGUGGAGGUGCCGCCGCUUACCCUGACGCCGCUGACGGCGGCAGACCUGGCGGCGGGCAUCAAGCGCAGGGCCUGCAGCAGCAGCAGCAGCACGGCAACUGUCAACGGCGGUAUCAGCGACAGCAGCAACAGCAGCGAGGGUGUGGGUUAUGACGGCGGCUGCCGACUGGUGCGAAUGACGGCGUCGCAGGCGGGGUUGCGCGGGCGGCGGGCGGCGGCGGCGGCGGAGGCCACCAGCCGGCGCCUGGGUGUGGCGGUGGCGGCGGAGGACGCGGCGGUGUACUUGCUCAUGAACAAGAUGGUCCGGGCCUACUUCGACGACGCGGGCCGGCUGCUGAGUCUGUACGACCCCGCCUGGCGCCGGGAGUUGGUGCCGGAGGGGCAGCCGGGCAACGUGUUCAGGCUGUACGAGGACAUCCCGCUGUUCUGGGACGCCUGGGACAUCGAGGUGUAUCACCUGGAGAAGGGCUGCCUGGCGGGCGAGGGCCAGCCGCCGCCCUCGGUGCACAUCAUCGAGUCCACGCCCUCGCGCGUGCGGCUGGGCCUCAGCAUGCAGAUCACCGCCGCCUCCUCGCUGCAGCAGGUGGUCAGCCUCAACUGCUGCUCGCCCAGGCUGGAGUUCCACACCGAGGUGGUGUGGGCGGAGAACCGCACCGCCCUCAAGGUGGAGUUCCCGACCACACUGGACGCGCCCGCCGCCGCCUACGAGGUGCAGUUCGGCGCCGUGGAGCGGCCCACACACACCAACACCUCCUGGGACUGGGCGCGAUUCGAAGUGUGCGCGCACAAGUGGGCGGACCUGUCGGAGCCGGGCUACGGGCUGGCGCUGCUGAACGACUGCAAGUACGGCCACGCGGUGCACGGCCACGUCAUGAGGCUCACACUGCUCAGGUCGCCCAAGGCGCCCGACGCCAACACGGACAUGGGCACACACGCGCUGCGUUACGGCCUGCUGCCGCACGCCGGCUCCUGGCAGCAGGCGGGCGUGGCCGCGCACGGCUGGGCCUUCAACGCGCCCCUGCGCCUGAUGCAGGCGCCGCCGCAACAGCAGCUGGCGGCGGCAUCCGCCGCUGCCGCCGUCUCGGCCCUCAGCCUGGCACAAGCCGCGCCGGCUGCAGGGGCAGCGGCUGCUGGCGCCGUCGACUUCUGCCACGCCAGGCCGCGCCUGGCCUUCAGCCCCGAGCAACCCAUGUUCCAGGUGGUGAACGCGCAGCAGAACCCGCUGCAGCCCGCCUCGCCGCACCACCCCGACGCCACGUCCAGUGGCGUGUGGCAGCCGCCGCUCAUCCUAGACACCGUCAAACUCGCAGAACCGCCGCUGCAGCACACCAGCACCGCGCCCGCCGCCGCUGCCGCCGCCGCUGCCUCCGUGCCGGUGCUGUCAGCGCUCUGCCCGGACGGCCUUGCGGCGCCCGCCACCAGUGCAAGUGCCGAGCAGCUGCUGAUGCCGGAGGUGGGGGCGAAGCUGAAGGAGGGCGCUACGGAGGUGGUGCUGCGCCUGUACGAGCCGCACGGCGCCCGCGGCGUGGCCCGCAUUGAGUGGCCGGACUGGCUGCCGGUGGCGGGUGGCAUGCUGUGCGACCUACUGGAGCAGGAGCUGGGGCCGGAGCAGAGGCAGGCGCAGGGGCAGCGUGAUGGGCAGGAGGAGGAGGGGCUGCGGGUGGUUCUGGGGUUGUCGCAGGGUGGUGGGGCGGGUGGGUACGUGGAGGUGCCGUUCAAGCCGUUCCAGAUCAUCUCCAUUAAGCUGAUCCUGCAGGUGUAAAAGGUUUGCGGGAUCUGCGAGCAGGGGGUGCGGGUGGAAGUGUUGGGACACGCGGUGGCGUGGCAUGGGUGUGUGGCUUGUGGAGAUGUCGGAGCACCUGACGAGACGCCGCAGGCUUGCCGGCCCUUGGAGUUGGUGCGCAUGGCGAGUUGGUUGUCGAGCAGGGUAGCUGAUAGCAUGUGAUACAUGCAUGCAUGGGCACGAGUCACACAUCACAGGGCAACAUGAGUGUGAUUAUGAAGUGAAUCCAUCGUGUGGACUGCACCGGGAGAUGAGGUAGACGCUUGCGGCCUCAGACAUACAGUAUGUUGUCGAGCUGUCAUUUGCGACCGCGUGCAAGUACGUGACUGCGCACAUGAGGUGUGGCACAUGGAUUAACCUCUGCUCCACAGGAGAGGUGGAAUUGUGUGGAAGUGCUCACCUGUUUUACGCCAGGGGAGGGGCCCAAGGAGUCCAUCCGUCUCCGAGCCUCCGAGGGUUAUGAGGAACAAGGCAGUGGCCCUGGCCGGGUCAUCCGUAUAUCAAAGCGCCCAUGCGAGGAUGUGUGACCAUGCACGUGAUGAUCUGAUGGACAAGGCAAGUAGGUACUUGGCCUACGCGGUUGGAGAGGUCGCGAGAGGUACGUUGCAGACCUUGCAGUGCAGGGCCCCUCUGCUCUUGCUUGUACUAGGGAUUUACCUGGAUUUAACGUUGCAGUGCAGGGCCCGCUGCAGGGGUGAUCCAGGGCUCAGUCCCCAUGUGCCUCGGUCCCACAAGGCCAAAACUCCUCACACGUACGACCGUGCGUACGACGCCCAGUCACGGAG